AUUACAAGCUCCUCGCAAACAGCGCCGGAUUUGCUCCGCCGUCCCAAGAGUCAAGAUUUGCGAAAUGCGUCUUUUAGCAACCGGUCCCUGUAAGGCCAAUGGUAAACAGAGAUUUCUAUCACUUCCUACCUGUUGUGACCUGAGGGGCACUGCGGUCCCUUCAACUCUGGCUGCCCUAGUUUUGACUGGGGCCGGCCUUGCGUUGCCGGCGGCAGCACACGCUGCUCAGGUGGGGCUCCAUUUGGAUACGGCCGGCGGCGAGGGGCGCCUCCUGCCGUGCGCGCCCAAAACCAGCUGCGUCUCCUCUGCCAACUUCCUGUCGCCGUCACAGUACCUGGCGCCUUGGAGCUUCGACCCCAAGACCCCCGCAGCUGCCAAAAGGCAGCUUCUGGACGAGCUGGUCGAGGCCCGGGGUGGCCAGGUGGUGGGCGAGGACGAGGGCCGUGGCUACGUGGCAGUAAGGGUGCCGUACAAGCUAGGUGCAGGCAAGAGCGAUGUAGACCUGAUGGAGUUCAAAUUCACAGACGUGGCAGUGGCGUUCAGGUCGGAGGCCGGAGUCAACAUCCCGUCGCCGCCCUUCUGCUACACGCCCGGCUGUAUCUCGGGGCCGCCCAACCGAGCACGCAUGGAGGCGCUGAGGGACGCGCUUGGCUGGAGCAGCCAGGAGACGGAUGAGGACAAGAAGUGGGUCCAGAUCCUGCUGCACUGAGCGCCGCUGAGCCCGGAGCCGUCGGGGCUCCUUGGGUGCAUGCAGCCAUGCACCUACCUGUGCCGAGUCCGGAGCCGCCUGAACCGCUUCUCCCGGGCUCCUAUCGGGCUCCUACCGGGCUCCUACCGGGCUGGUCCUACACGCUAGCUGCCAAGUGACCGGGUCGUCCUUGACGGGCGGUGCGGCCACACUGCCGCAGCCACAUUGCCGCAACCAAGCGGUGGCCACAGCCGAAGCCGCAAGCCCGGGCGCGUUGGAGUGGCACGGCCAGGCGGUGGCCAUGGCUACGCGGCUGCGCCUGCAUGGCAACUGUGGGGUGGGGCUGACGUGGCCGGUGGCUGGCCCUCUCCUGCUGCGCGGCCGCGGGGCUGGGCUUUCGCGAUUGUGCACAGCCGAGAUGCAUUGGCAGAGGCGCAAGUAGGCGGC